AUUUUCUGUCGUCUCUUUGUCUGCGUUUUUAAGAAAGUUGACAGUUUGAAGUCUACCAACGGAAGAACAAUCCAUUUAUUCAACUUUCUUUUGGUUAUCCAUUAUUUUAGGGACAAAAAUCGUCGCAGAAUGUCAUUCAAGCCUUGAUUUAGUGGCAUGUUGUCACACGCACUUGUAAUAAAGCUUCCGUCAAAAUUUAGCUUCAACUGUUUCUUUGAACGUCUGCCUAGAAAGAAGAUCUGGUUGCCUAACUUGGCGAGGAAAGUGGAUUUGAAUUGCCCCGAGAAAGGUGCCUUUGCUCCGCUUGGCAGGUAAAUGUUAGAGAAAUUUAUAGAAUAUAUAUCUUAUGUAAUCCGUUUAGUUUUAAGCUUAAUUAAUAAGGAUUAAGACGAAGUGGGAAACUCGUCUUUAAAAUGAUUGUUUUCUUUCUCACUCGCACUUUUACCGUUUUGCUUUUCAUCUGAGAGAUUCAAAAUUAUGCAUAAAAGAAUCCAAUAGACUUCCACGUCUUUAUCAAUUCAUUGUCUAUUUGUUCCAAAAAUGCGUCGAUUCAGGUGAAAUAAGGGUGUCUUACAUUUUGCACCAUAAUUAUUCAAAAUAGUCCUCGACUACCGAUUUUAAAUGGCUCUCGGAGUGUGGCGAAAUCCUCUCGUAAAGCUAGCUUUGACUUUUCGCUGUAGACAAAGCGACCACGAAACAAUAUAACUAAUUUCAAAUAUUCGGAUCUAGCCCGAAUCAAAUUUACUGUUACUGCUUUGAAAACUGAAUUAUGAUAGAAAGUCACGUCGCUUUUGAGACUUAUCGCACCAAGAGGAUGGUAUGGUUUUUUCCCGGCAAGAAGACCGUUUAAGUGACAUCAAUCCAAAAGAAACACAACAAUUUUAUUCUAUGAAAAAGUGUUUAAUUAAUGUAUAAAUAAUAUGCAUAAUAGCUAGACAUAUGUAUUUAAACAAGCUGGUGUUAUCAUUAAAACUAGACUAGAACCAAAAUGCGCAACAAUGGUUUUCGCAUAUUUUGCAUUAUAAGUGUUGGUUUUGUUUUCAUUUUCAUUUUUUAUGUUUGAGUAGUAUGAAAAAGAAUGUCCUAAUUGUAAUCAUGGUAAUUCUAAAUAUUUUGGUUUUUUGUUUAUCAGAUAGAGUACAUUUAUUCGUUCUACAUCUGUGUAUUAUUUUCUUUUUCCCGGAAUAUUCACAUGAAAAAGAACAGAUUGUCAGCUCGGAGCUGAAAGUCCCAGUGACGCAUGCUCAGGCUUCUGGUCGUAAAUAGAUGUGCUUGUUUGAACGCCGUGUUUGUGGCGUAACUAAAACCAUUGUCUUGAUAAGAUUUGUAGAUCGCACAAUGAUCACAAGCUCAACUCUUAAUGCCUUUCUUUUGUCAAAAUAGAUCAUUGACCAUUUUUUCUUAGGUUUAUGACCCUAAUCGUUAUAUGUGCGUUCUAUGAGAGAUUGCCAAAAAUUACAGGGGUUAGCAGCCACCUGUACAGAUUUUGGUCGAUUAGUAAGCAAUUUUGAGACGUUGUCCAUUUUCCCUUUAAUAAAAAGAAUCCAUUGUAAUACCAUUUGAAGGAUCCGCUGAUACAGGUUGAAGUCCAGCAAAAAAGAUUGAUUCAAAUGGCCGUUCCCACUUAGAAUUAUCCAUCGAAUAUAGGUUCGUUUUACAAUAUAAAAGACUGCGAGGGAUUUAAUCUCUCGGUCCAGGAGCCCAUUACUUAUAUGUAAUACAUAAGUAAUGGGCUCCUACUCGGUCUCAAUUAAUUCGAUUCACUGAAGAGAUCCACUUUUCAGGGUAAAAGAUUCUGGUUUUCAGUUAAUGACACAUGUAUACUCGGACUGAACUAAAAAAAAACCUCGAGUGCUUCCAACUGUACAAAAGUCAAAGUUUCGAGGGGUGUGGGAAUUAUGGAAAAUUCACCAAGAAUCACAUAAUGAGAUUCGUGAUCUUUCCUCUGAAUCGUCGCCCAGAUAAAUAAAUACCACACAACAACAUGCAUUCCUCUGCUCGAAAACCUACAACAUUAACACAGAAUCUGAUAAAGGCUUUCAAGUACGUGUAUAUUUCCAUGAUGAACGCAAACUAGCUGAACUAGCCUUGCUUUUUAGUUUUUGUUCAGGAGUAAGGAAAGGAAGGAGCCAAUUGGAGAGGAAAGGGCUUGUUGGAGAGGGGGUCUUACCAAGAACUGGAAGUUUUUGGCGAGCGUGUUGGGAAAGGGAGCUUAAAAAAUGAAGAGAAUGUAACAUAAAGGGAAGCUUAAAAGGGCGUUUACAGUAUUAUUGUAGUAUGUGGACCGGUAAUUGGCAGGUCAUAGUUUCGAUUCGAAACUGAAACAGGACAUCACAGAAAACCGGCUUUUCGAUUGUAACUGAACAACUGUUUCCAUGUCAACUUAAUGAUCAUAACGAGGAAAACGUGACCAAACUCUAUCUUUAAGGUAAGACUUCCAAAAGGAAUAAGAAGUAAUCAACCUGCCUUUUUUAUAGUUUUUUUUGCAGGAAUGGUUUAAAGUAAUGUAAUAUUUCCAUUCCUUUCCCCGACACGAAUAUAAGGAAACCCUUAUGAUAUUUCAGAUUAAAUGUAGUUGUAUUUUUAUCGUUUAACAAAAACUUUGCAGAGCGACGAGAUUUUUCUUCUCUGAGGAGUUUGCUAAAGAGCCUCGACUCAGUGAACGAACCUCAUGUCGAAAACGAGGGCUGUUAUGAGUCCUCACUUUCUUUACUCGGAUCAGCUGUACUCCCUACUUGGUAGGAGGCGAUAGUCACGGAGGUUUUAGGAGAAAUGUUGAGUAUUUCAUGUUAACCCUUUAGCUCCCAAGAUAAUGGCGUUAAUUCUCCCCUCUAGUUACCACACAUUUCCUUGUAAAUUAGUUACAAGAAUUUGGUGUUAGAUCAAGAUAACAACUUCUACCUGAUAGGUUUGAGUAUUCUCAUAAGCUGUUUGCUGGAUAAUGGGAGGACGUUAUAUAGAGAAGUUUCAUGUUAAUCAGUUCUGGGAAUUAAAGGGUCAAGUGCAAUUUCAGGGGGGUCCCGUAGAACGUCAAUGAAUUUAACUCUUUGCAAAUUUUCCUCCUUUUUUUUUACCCGUUAACUCCCAAGAUCUCAUUAGUAAUUCUCUUUACUGUCAGCCAUAUUGUUCUUGUGAUGUUGGUUUGGAUCAACUUAUAAUCCUCUAACUGAUCAUGUUUUUCUUCAUUCUCAUCACUUGUCUGCAUGAUAUUGUAUUGAUAUUGUAGGGAGAAAUUCUGUCUUGGUCACUUAUGGGAGUUAAAGGAUUAAGGGAAUUGGUCUUCCUAAAAUCCAUCAACGAUAUGGAGAGUGGAUUUGCGUCUAGGCUAUGCUCAAUACCUCAAAUAAAUGGUUAAAUGAAAUAGCCACCUUACCAGCUUGAGUACUAAUUAAAAACCAACCAGAAACAUCUUUCGCUGUGUUAUUUGCGGAUAUUUUCGGUGUAUCAUACUGUGACGUGGAAUGUGGAAUGUAAGGUGUAUGUAUUUUUAUGUAUUGUUAUGUAUUUUUAAAGCCCUUCCUUUCAUAAAAUACCCUUUGAGGGGUUUGCCAUCGACAUUCACAUUCUGUUUGCUCGUUUCGCAACAAUAACAGUGUCUCUAGAGACAAGUUAAGUCUUGUGGUAUCGUCAGACACACGUACAUCUUAUCCAACAGCUUGCUCGGAUGAACAAGGAAUCACCCAUUAAGACCACUAUGAUUUGUCUUAUGUCCUUUUUUUUUUCAUGCUGAAUUGAGUGAGAGUCUUUCACGCUCCUGUGGUUGAAAUAACCCCAUGAUAAUUCAUUAUUGGUAUACGAUCCACCUUCAGUACAGGAAGCGAAUUGUUUGAUGUGACACAUUACACAUCCCCCAUAAUUAAUGAAAUAAUUUGUGCUCCGCGGGACACUUCGAAGAGAGUAGGCUUCAAGUUAAAGAAACUUCAUUGUCCUUGCGAAAUUCCCCUCAAUUUUGUCCAUAAAACAAUUUUUUCAAAGAGUGAAAAGAGCUUUUAUGGUUAGAUAUCUCAUUACAUGCACAUAUUUUUCGCUUCAUCGUGCAGCUGGCUGAAACUUGACAGCUCAAAAUGUGUAGAUCACUUCACGUGGUGAAGCAAAAUCGACAAAAAUUUUCUCGUGUUGGGCCGGUUUUCUGUGAUGUCCUGUUUCAAGCUGAACACAGUUUCCUCUUUCCUCCAUUUAUUUAUUCGAAGUCCCACCAGAGAAAAUUUUCAGUUUAGAAAUCGUCCUGUGCAUCAUAGAAUCAACGUGCUCAACUUCACUUUUUUAAAAACCUAACAUAAGUAUAUAUAUAUUUUAUUUGACUUAGAAAUAAGGAACUGUAAUGAAGCUCUCCAAGUAAGUAGAUUAAGGUAUUUUGGUCCAUAAUUUCGUUUUAAAACGUGGCUCUACCUGGGGGUUUGGCUUCCUAGUCUGCUCAAACAGAGGGUAUCCAUGGGGCAAGGGACUGGAGGGAAUUUUGAAAAGCUUGAAAAACUUGGAAAACUUGGAAAACUUGAAAAAGAACACGAAACACGUCAGACCUCAUCCAGAAUUCUGUUUCAGGAAAAUAUCUAACCGAUACAUUUAUUCAAGGCACUUCCGUGGCUAAUAUCAUGCGACCUUUUGGAUUGCAUAAUGCUCAUCUUCUGAAUUUUUGUUUACCUUUAUGAAGCAGAAAUUUCGGCUCCUGGUUUGAGCCUAUGGUACAACAAGUUGUUGGACACUUGAAAGCGGAAACACGAGGUGAAACUGACUAAAUCAAAAUUCUUCAGCUUGUUUGAUAUUGUUCGUUUGUUUUUCUGCGGUUUUCGGUUACCUUCUUUCUUUCUUUAAUUACUUUAUAAAUAGUCAAAAACAACCUCCUGGAUGUUAUACAUCAAUAUUGGAAGAGAAUAUUUGAUUGACUUUAAGCCGGAAAACCGCCCAACUUUUAGUCACAACAAGGCUAGCUUCAUAAUUUGAUCAAAGCAAAAGUCAACAAGUUUAACCCUCCCUUUACGGUGACAAUUUUCAUACCUUCUCGAAUGCGGACAAUGACAGUGUACUUUUACUCGGUAGCCGGACCGUCGCCUUUCUGAAGGUUUGCUCGUCGGCUAUAACCCGAUUAAAUAUAAGCACGCCCACAGUAUAAUUGCUCCUAAUGGACACAACUAUAAAUAAAUCAGAGACGCUUCACGCUUAGGGGCAAAGUAGUGUCUCCAUUUGCCACGCAAAUCUUAGUUUUUGUUUUAACAAAACUGAUUAGGAUCCGAAGUUGCUGACGAGGACCAGACAUUUAAAGAACUUGUUGAAAGUUGAUCAUACAAAUCAUCUUGUGAAACUACGGACAAAUUUAAGAGUACGCGCGUUCUUUAGUAUAAUUACAAAAAAAUUUCAUGAACUUCGUAUCUUACAAAUUGCCUUGAGUAAAAUGAAUAAGAGCGGGUAAGCCUUCCCAUUAAUUACUGUCUCGAUCAACAUGUAAAUUGGCUUAAAAUGAAGGAUCGAAAACUCCAGAAAUAAAGCGUAAAUAGUUUAUUUAGGACACUCAUUAAGUUAAACAGAUAAACAACUUUUGAUUGACUGUAAAGAAGUAGCAUGGCUGAAUGAAGGACUUCGGAAAGCUCCUUGACUGUAACUUUUCAAUUAAUUUUUUGUUAUGAUAAAACUCUAAAAAUAGAUCUUUCGAAAAUAUCUGUUAAGUUGACAAGUUAUUUUCCGCAACGUAAAAUGCGGUAUUAUGAAGAAUAUUGGAAAGGCUUAAAAAAAGGGACGGAAACUUUAAUUUGACAUGAAAUGUGGACGUUUAACGCCAAAAGGUAGUCAGUAUAAAAUUAUUGUCAGGGACACUACAGUUGAAGGGUGUGCGGAUUUGAUUGCAAUUUCAAAAUUUUCCUUACUUUUUAAAAACGACAACACCCUUGAAGUUGGUGCUUGGUGUUGUUAAAAUUGUAAUCUGUAGCUAGAAUGACUUGCAAUAUUUAAGUGGACUUCAUAAGUUAAACUUGAAUUAUCUUACAACCUAAAAACAUCACGAAAAUUCAGUAUUAGAUAGUACAAUUUUUUUCGAUGGUUAUAGUUGAGGCAGUUUUGUAUAAGUGCUCUCGAUAAUUUAAAUUUAAGCAUAAACUGUAAGGGGACAGGUCCAAGCUAAGCUCUAUUUUAUGCAAGAGAAACCUCAGGAAUGUUUUGCUCUGUUAUAAAUUCCCUCUCCAGAUCACUGAAUUGUUGAUUAAACUCUCAGUUCUUAAACUUCCUCUUCUUAUUCAGUUUUCGUUGCACUCGACUGUUUUGAAACUGAAGAGUGGGAAAUGACCAAAAAUUUUCGAAAACCAUACUUUACUGAGUGCGGGAAAAAAUGGAAAAAAAAUUAUAGCAUAAAAUUCCCUAGGUUUGUUUGUAAUUUUUUCGAAAGAGAUUUCCAGGUAAGAAGAUUUUAACUCGUAGGUGGGAGGACUCGUCGGAGAUAUGUGCACACACUUCAAAGAUUAAAGAGAUUAAUUUUGUGGCUUUCUUGUUGACGUAAAUUUGUCGUGGUAAGAAACAUUAGAACUCUCUAAGAAAAGAAAAUAAUUGGAAGAGCCAGAAAUUCUCAAACUUCCUCCAGAACCCAAUCUAAAGAUAAAAAAUUUGAGUAUGGCAGCACUUAGUUUUCGAGGUUUGCGAAAAUCUGCUAUGCGUACCGUAAUAAUUUCUAUGCUGCAUAUCUUUCAAUUCUUCAUGUCUGUUGGUAUCUCGUAGAGAAGAAAGACAUACCGGAGUUUAUUUUCACUAUUUUGGUUUCACAAAGAGUGCCGUUAUGUCUUGAGCUGAUUUAAUAAAUUUCAAAUUCCUUCGGCAUUCCACUUUUUAUCUUUACUGCUACGUGUUGAAAUCUUGUUUAAUUCUAUAUCCGAGUGCGGUAAUUUCAACUAAAGAGCAAGAAAAUAAAACCUUGAACUUCAAGCUGAAAUAAAGAUGGACCGAGCCUUGUACAAAUGUAAACAAUUUGGUGUCGUAAGAUCCCAAGCGUCCCUGCGUUUUAUCAGGUUGAUUGACCCGGAGUUGAAUUUCCCUUAUCUUGACCUUUACCGUCUUGUUUUUCUAUUUUUACUAUGAUAAAAGACAUGUGCAUAAGUGAAGAGCUUUGCUGUUUACCGACAUACUGCUUAACUGUCACAGAGGCUGACAGACUCAAGUCAUGUGCAAAACGUUCUAGGCUCUUCUUCAUUGCACUGUUCAUUGUUUUGAAUUUCAUUUUUGCCUUGAAAAACUUGAGUUGGAAUGAAACAACAGCUACGAUGGUAGUAAAAAUCUUUGAAAAUCAUUGUGUGGAUUACGUAGGGAAAAUGAAAGUCCUAUAUUGUUGAUGUGUCUGAGCAUAGGAACAAAAUAAAAAAAGCGUUUUCUUCUAAAAGUUUUGAUAUAUACACUAGAAAGCCACGCCUGUCUCCGAUUUUAUUACCUUACUUUGAUUACCUUAGAGCAGACCGAUAGAACUAAAGAGGCUGUUUAACAGCCUCUUCAGGCAAACUUGGAAAUUGAUCAAUCCAUCGGAUCUGUGAAAAAGAGUUGAAUAAAGUUUUCUUGAGGGCAUAAAGCGAAUUUAUUUGAAAAUAUUAUCGUGAAAAUUAGUAUCGCUGUGAUCAUUCUUUGUAAAGAACACUUUGUAAGGUAACCGGGCAUUAAAUCCCCGUGAGAUUGACAAUUUUUGGACAUAAUCGAUAGGUAAACAUGCUCCUUUGCAAAACUUGAAAUUGAUAUUAGGAAACUUUCUGUGCCUACUCUUAGUCGUCGAAUUUUGGGAAAAUUCAGGCCAAAGUUUUUCGAAACAAAUGCAGUAUAGCUUCUUGUAAUCACACAUAAGUGGCUAUAUCAAAAUUUGUCAGAGUCAACUCAAACCCUUUGUUCUGUAAUAAACGAUGCAAAAAAAGAACGCUUAAGAUACAAUUUACAAUAAAACGAGAAGAGAACCGAAUGGCCGAACGCUCUCAGCCAAAUUCAUGAAAACAUUAGGGGGGAAAAAAAACACAGGCCCUCUUAGGACAAUGGAAGUAAGAAUGGCGUAAUUACCGGAAAGUUUUAUGAUCAUACCAGCGAUAACUACACCCUCAGUUCGAUUAGGAUGCAACCAAUUGUAAAUGUAAAUAAAAAAUCGAUAAUAACAAGUAAAUGGAAUUGCUCGGUGGAAAAUGAGUUAUAAAAUGAUAAACACCUGCCAUACACAACGAAAGUUUAUGAAGUCAAAUCGUUAAAUGAAUUUUACUGAACUGACAAAAUGAAAGAUACUGAAGUUGAUAUUGAACGACGAAUUAUCUAGACUACGGUGACCACUAGCUGCGUCCAACAAAUGACUUCGACUGACAGCUAUUGUGUUCUGAAAUAGCCGUCGAAGAAAGGAGAAAUGAUUACAUUUAAAAGGCAGGAUGUGGAGAUUAAAAGGAUUUUUGGUCCAAUUGAGCCCCUAGCCAAGUCCUAAGUGUCUCCCAUGACCCCAGGAGGAAACCGCAGCUUAACUCUUUUGUAUUUUUCAAGUCCUUUUCUAAACGGAGACAUUAAUCUAAAGUGUUGAAAAGCCACUAUCCAGACUCUUUCCGUUUUUUGUGUCUGGUUUCUUAGUGUAUUCUUUAUAUUGUAUGCCAUCUUCUUGAAACGAAAAGUUAUGUGAAAAAUGACUGGGACUUAGCCGGGUGUUUUAAGGGAAAUUUAUUCGCAGUCGAGUAAAGUGCAGUCAACCGCAGUCAAAAUGCGUCCAUUAGUCAUCGGUAGUCUUUCAACUGAAAUACAGAGUGUAUCCAUUUACAAACUGGAAGAAAAAACCAGCACACAUUAUCAAAUACUCCUAUCUCGAAGGAUUCUUUAAAUGUGCUUUUAAUCUGGGAACAAAGUAUCGCGCAGCAAUUUGAAUACAAAUGUGUAAAAAACUUAAGAGAAAUUUCAACAUCUAAAUGUAAACCAACAAUAGCCCCUAUCAAGAAUCAAAAAAUUCCCUUUUUAUGGAAACGCCUCGGGCUAAAGAUCUUUCAAAGGGAAGGAGUGACUUUCAGACAACUUGUGUGAAGAAUAAACACCUUUGGAAAAACAAAUAAACACAAAUUUGAGUCGUGCUUGAUGAAGAUAAAAGCCUAUUAGUGCAUAACUUUUGAUUUUUAGGAUAUUUAGCUCGAAUCUUUGUACUUUGUUGCCAAGUGGAUAUCUUUAUGCAAAUGAUUGCUUUUUGGGCAAAUGCGCCAAAGCCAUCUUUGUCGUAAUCUUUUCGAUAAUAGCAGACAAAAAUAUGUAUGGGCUGUUAUCGGCUUGUUUGCAUUCCUGUUCUAUCUUGCAGCCUCAUUAUAUCUUCAAUCAUACGCCAUCUUACAUCUCUGCGGCGAGAUCGUUAAUCCUUCCCCAAAUCGAAAAGCAAUUUUAGAUGCAUUUGCGCUCGCGCUUUUGACAGGCUGUCAAAUUUUAAUCGCAAAUGCAAAGAUCCAUUUGUCGCGACAGCAAAUCGUGUCAGAUGUAGCGAACUGUCACGAAAUGAGCCAGUGUAGUCAAUUUCCCGUUGAUUUAAUAUUUACAAAAAGAAUAAUGUUGCUGGCAUCAUGUUCGCUCCAUUUUUAACGCUUAAAUAGGAUUUUGAGAAGAAUCCAAACGAUAUUGACAGCUUAUCUUUUGUAAGCCAAGAAAAGUGACACGAAAAGCGUGAGACAUCUUCGACCCCUAAAAAUCUCCAGCACAGGCUGGUGUGGGCAUUUUUGAAGUGUUUUGAAUGCAAUGGUUGCAGUGAUCUGGAAUUGCGGUUUUAUGUUACUCCUUGUCCGAUAUUAAGGUGUAAUAUCACGACGAUAAACAUUCGCGUGCGAACGAAAUGUUCGCCAAAAAUUGACAACCGCUCGUUUGUCAAAUUCGGUGAGGACUAACACGUUAAACUUAGUUAAUCCACAUUUAAGAAACUCAAGUUAAGAUUCUAAAUAAAGUAGACAAUGUAAAACAAACAAGAGACUAGGUCAUUUUUUUCACCCUUCAAAGCUGUCACAACAUCCUGAUUUUAUCCAUUAUCCCGAUUACAGCUCGCAAACCCAAAACAAACUGAGUGGGUUUCUUUACAACAUAAAGCGUCACACGUCGAGACGAAUACGCAACGCUGAUUGGCCUAUUCCGUUGGCAACAAUUUCCCGCUAAUUGGCCGUUUGAUGUGAUUGGUUGUUGAAUGGCUGAGUUUGAGAGGCGCAUCUCUUGCGAUCAUUUCUUUAACACUAACCAUGCACCGUUUGAUGUUCUUUAGACUGGAAAGUGCUUGAGAGGGUCCAUGCAGUGGUUGAUCUCGUUCCGGCAACAUGCUCGUGCUGCUUAGCACACUGUGGCUCGCCUGUGCGGUUUUCCGAAGCCAAGGUACACGAAAAGAUUCCGUGAUUAUUUUCAUACGUGAUAUUUCAGUUUCUCUCCGUGUGUUCGUUCAUUCAUCGUUUCAUCGGCGAGAGAGCGCUUAGUAAGGAAUCUUGGCAGCUCGUUCGCUCUUAGCUUCGAACUAAUCUCGCGCCGGAGUCGGCGCUUUUGUAGACUGGUCGUUCUGUUGGUUUUAGGUCGUUAGAAUUAAUCACGGUUUGUGGAUUUAACUGAAGAAAUAAUUAGGACAACCACGCGAAUUCGAAUGAAUCUUCGCGUAUUGAAUUGAAUGUAAAUUUCCGGUGCCUUGAACUUCGUUUGCGGGUUGGCUAGGAUUUACGUCAAAUACAAUGUGUUGGCCGUCACUGAUCGUUACCAGAAAUCCUCGUGAUGCUCUCUAACUCUAAUAUUUCCGUUGUUUUAUCUUGCAGCCAUCAGUUGCUGCCGAAGUGCUACUGAUUUUGGUGCUUGCAAACAUCACUGUAAUGAGGUAAUGUUCAAGCUACAUACGAUCUCUUUUAUCUUGCCCGGCGGGACAUUGAAGUUCUACGAUUUUGAAAGAGAACGUUACUCUAUGAACUUAAAAGUCGCUCACUUCAUUUACCCAUCGCCUUCAAAGAGGCGAGUGCGAAAUUUCGCUCUACUUUGAGUGCGAACUUAUUCACACGUAUACAAGUUUAUUUUAGACCGUAGGCAAAUUGGAUUCAAAUGCCUCUCCACUAACAUCUGUGUAUGUUGUUGUGAUUCUCUUAUGUCAGUUGGAGUCCGAAACAGACGUAAGUUUACGCUAUGAGAAGCUCCGUGAUCUCCCGGCUUACUGUCCCGGACAUUUGGUAAGGAAAAUGUCACCUUAAUUCGGUGUGUUUGUGCGAACACUUUGUUGCUAGUGCAAAUGUCGCAGCAUAAUAAUUAUGUGCAAGUGACCCGAAGAAAUGGAAGAGAUAGCAAGCGAAUUCGCCGCCCAAAACACUAAAAUCGUUUAUUUUAAUCCUCUUUUUUCAGAUCUCUUUCUGGCGGUGCCUUAAUGUUUCAAAUCCAGGUGAGAAAUGUGUAGGAGUAAGUAGUCGUAUCUGGUUGUAUUGUCAAUCUAAUUUCUACUAAUAACUUCUGCAAAUAAAAGCCUUGCUUCGUAUAAUAGGCCAAUUAGCUUCGGUCUAAGUUUCGUCGCCUUCGUCUAAACGCCGAAGUUACGCAUAAUUUAGGAUCUUUGUGUACUUUACAAGUUUCAUAGACUUAACUGUCGUUCGUGAUUAAACUUAAACGAGGUGAGAAUUACAUUUCAUGGGAACUGUGUCUGGAAAGGUCGCGCCAUUAGCUUCGGAGCGCGAGUGAGUGUUUAUCCAUGCGUUCAGAAUUUAUCACCGUUGUCCUAGGUUUAACAACUUCAAAUUUUGAACUUUACUAUUGUCAGUCAGGCAGAGUUUUGUUUAUUCGGAUGAAAGGGAUUAUUUUGAAAUGGUUGAAGGUGAAGUCCACGUGGAAAUGUGCGUUUUCUCUUAUCACUUACUCGCUGUUAAUAGCAACCUUUUAACAUGGCAUCAUCUACGAUGCAAAGCGGGCCUAAUGGAAAAUUAAUUGGGCUGUUGUAUUGUCUUUUUCUCAGAUAGUUAUUUUUUCGUUUCCUCUGAGACCAUCAACCGUUAAAGAGGGAUCGCAUGAUUUUAUUUGAAGCAUUUCGGUUGAUGAAAAGUUCGCAUUGUAAAGGGUAAAGUAAUUUUAUUCUUGUAGACAGAGGAACACCAUGCGCAAAGUUUUUGUUCCAGUCGAUUCGAAGCAAAUGUGUAUUUCUCUGAUAACACACAGAGUGUUUUUUGUGUCUGCCAUAGGAGAUUAAAAUGAUUCAUUUGUCAUAAUCGACAAGAAAUUGAAAUUUUUGCGCAUAGAAAUACGUUUUUUUAAGUUAUGUUUUUAACAUCUCUUCUGUGCGUCUGUUUCGUGUCACACCCGUAUCAUGAAUUCUGCUAAGGGCAAACUCAAUCUGUUCUUGUAAGUUAGAUUUCCCUCACAGAUCUGUUUGGCACUGAUCUUUUGUUCCAGAGAAGAAAAGGAAUUAUGUGUUUUAAUGGGGUGUUGAUGUUCUUUCACUCGGUCCUGAAAUGUGGUCCAACUUGAGUAAAACGCAUUGUGGAGUUGAGCAAAUUCUCGUGAUCUUUCAUGUCCUGUGCGCGUGCAGGCAAAUCUUUCGUACCAAUUGACGUAUUAAAGGCUAGUUGCAUCAGCAAGAUAGGAGAUUUCGUCGCCUUCUUGAAAGCCAAAGUUAGUCUAAGUACUUAAGAGAUAAUUCAGUGGCGUGUUGCAUUUUUGAACAAGCGGUAACCCAAAGGGAACGCUUAUUUGGUGUAGGGUUUGAGGAAUGCUUUGCGGCUGCAAUUAUCAUGUUUCGCUCUACCCCUUUUUUUAAGGGUGAAAAAAAUCAAGCAGUAUAUUUUUAUUUUUACAAAGGCAUGAAAUUCGAUUAUCUCUUACGACAGAUCAUAGUUAAGUAAGAGUGAACGCUUAAUAUCUCUUCAGUUUCAUAUCACUGAUUCACUUUUUCGAUUAAGAUGAGGUUUUGGCAUUUCUCCAUCCAAUAUAAGUUCUCAAUAAAGCUCUUGUUAUUGUGCUCCUGUCAAUGUCUUGCUAAAGAACAGAACAUGCAUUCCAAAGUUAUUUUUCUCUUGUAAUGUUCAACAAGUAAUUGUUAACAGAUUUUAGACACGAUUAAAAAACUCCCAGAUAAUUUAUUGGUAAUUUUUUAAGUAGUAGCUUUCCCGUGAAACACGAAACUUUCAUUUUGAACAACUUCGCCUUACAAGGAUAGACUAUUAGAAAUCUGAUCUCUUCGGCAAGUCUUUCUACUUUGCCGGCUUUUAAAAAACCAUUAAUUAAAUAACAUUAAGGUAUUAGCCAGUGAGCUUCUUAGUGGAAUAAAAUUAUUGUAAUCUUUCAAAAAAAUCCCAGUUUCAUGCCUGUUGGAACAUUUUGAUGAAACAGUGUUAAUAUUUGAGGCUAAUCUGCUUGGAAUUAAAGGAAAUUUCAAGUAAUUAACCUCCUUUUGACAUACAGAGGCUUGGGUCAUUUCAGAAGGUGAAAUAUAUUUCUUGUUGUUUUUAAAGAUUUCUCUCCCCAACACAUACCUGAAAAAUUUGAUCAGGGGUAUGAAGUGUAUAACACAUUGAAAGUCAUACCAAUUUAUAAUUUGUUUGUAAUUAAGACUGUGUAUAAAUUUGUCUGAAUUACUUGAAUGCAAAUUUUGAAAUUCUCAUUUUAGAUUAUAAAAAACCCUUUUCUUGUCUAAAUGCUCAAACAAGUCUUGGCUGAAAGUCUAUUUGUUUUUCAUGGUCCUUGAAUUCACAUGUAGCCAAAGGUAACUUUUCCUGAAUAGAUAGUGCCUUAAAGAGAAAUAAAAUGUUUGGGAUUAUAACUUUAAUUUUAAAAAAAGAUUCUUAAGAAUGUUGGCAUUUUUGUCUGUCAAAUUAUGUCAGAAUUAUGUGUUGAUGGAUUUUUCACAAACUGCCUUUUGUAGUUUGACAGAGAACUCGAGCAAAUUCCCAAUAAGCUUUGAACUUGACAGUGGUGUAUGGCGAGAAUUUUAUCAAACAGUAUUAAACAUUCAAAGUCAGACUAGGUAAAAUUUGAUUAAACGUUUUUAUCAAAGGGACUCUGUUUACUUAUAAAUCCUGUGCUGUUAGAGUUGAGGUCUUUUUUUCCUCAUAAGUUUAUCAUAUAUUUGGUUAAUUCUAUCUUUCAGAAGGGCAUCAAUAUAUGAUAGCAGCUAUCAAGGUGUCACAAAUGAUACCAUAUUUUGAGUGUUAACAUUUUUCUAUCAUGGAGUAUGACUGGAUAAUUUUUACAAAGGUCCCACAAGGCUUUCCUUUAGAAUGAAGAGCUGGCAUUCAUUUCAAUUUUGGGGGAAUUUUGUUUAUUCUAAAGAUAGGUGUAUACGUGCCCCAUUGUUACCAGAAGGUGGUGAAAACUAUGAUUAUAAUUAAUCUGCCAGAAUCAUGCAAUCAUUUUAAAUGUAGCAGAUGAAUUAAAGAAAAAAUUUAAAGUUAUAAUGUUGAAUUGUUAUAUUUCAUGGAGUUUCUAGUUAUAUAGGCAACUUCUGGGCUAUCAAUACUGCUGCAUGCAACUUGUUGCUGGAUAAUUUGAUUAAGUAAAAUAUUAGAGAGUACUGAGAUGUUUUUGAAAGGAAAUGGGGUGUUUACUUUGUCUUAAGAAAAACUUCUCAGGUGUCAAAAGGUGUCUGUGCAAAGCUUUUUAAUGUCUCUAUAAAAGGCGUAAAACACUUUUCAAAAUAGUAGAGAAUGUAAGAUAAUGUUGAUGUCUUGUUGGGUGCUAAAUGUGCCUUUGUGGGAUUGCUUCUGGCAAUGGAGUGUAACAUUUGUUGUAUAGAGUUGUUUGUCUUAAUAGAUCUACGCACCUUGGCUGUCAUGUUUGAACAAUGCAACAUUUUUGAAAUAUUAGCAUGCUGUUUCAAUUGUUCCAGGAUGCAAAAAAGCAAUUGACUUAGUAGGAUAGUCAGGCAUGUGACAGUUUUGUGUAUGGAUGUCAAAGAGAUUUAGUUGAUCAUCAAUCAGACUUAAAUCAACAAAUGUAAAUCUUGCCAUCUGCCUUUGUGUGUGUAAUUAGUCAGUGGAACAGAAAUUUACAUGUAAAUAGCAAAAUAUAUUGUUAGAGUUUCAGUUGAUUAAGAAUAGAAACAAAGAUAAUCACAAAAGUUUUUGUAGUUAGAGAACUUUUCAACAUUAGUCUUCAUCUGGGUCUAAACAGUUUGGCUAAAAAAUCUUGUUUAGUGACAAAUUUGGCAAACUGAUCAAACAUCUUUAAUCACAAAUGUUUUCCACUUAUUGUCAUUGUGCAUCCUUUGUUAUCCUUUGUCUAAAUGUUUCAAAGUCCAAAUGGCCUCGUGCUGUUGGUAAAUGGACUAAAAUGGGUUUGCCUUUGUGUUGUAAAACAGCAAGACAACUCUGUGGGAGUUAAUGUGUUUCAAUAUUAAUGUGAAGGAGGGCUUAUUUUGAUUUCAGACUUACCCCAUUUAGGCCUAACAAAUAAUGACAGUAACUUCCUGUGUGCCAUAUUUGCAAUCAAAUCAAUAUACAAGAACGUACUCUAAAGAACAGAAUUCAAUUUAAGUUCUUGAUACUUUUUGUGAUAUGAAUUGUAUACUGUAUCACUUCCUUUAUACCACAGUUUAAAAACAGAAAUAAUACAAAUUGUAAGUGCCUUUAUUUUCUUAAUGGACAAUACUUCAUUUCUGAAAGAGUUUUUUUAUAAAAGAUAUUGGAAUCUCAAAGCUUUAAAAUAUUGAAGAGUUAAGAAUAGAAAUUAUGAAGAACCUGUUGUAGUCCAAAGCUGCUCCUUUUAAUCAAAAUUUAUGCUUGAAUUAGUGUUUUAUUUCAACCUUUUUUAAUGUAUGUUUCUGUGGCCACUUGUAGCAGUUCAACCACAGAAUUUUCAUAUUGGUCUUUUUGCAUAAAUCAGAUAUCUCUUGUAAACAAUAUUGCCAAUGGAAAAGCCAUGCAGAGCAUCAAGAAGUUCACACACAAUUUAAUGCUUUGUUAUAGAGCACAUUAAAGCUUCUAAAUAAACCCUCCUUUUCAAUUAUCAGCUAAUGGUAUCCUAAGGCAUAGUUUUAAUUAUCCUUGAGUUAGCUCGGAUCAAUUAAGAGUUGCCUCACAAAGAUGUUUUCAACUCUAUUCCUAAACUGUUACUGUACAUGAGCUGUUAUAGAAGUGUUAUGCUUUAAAACAGAAUGAUUUUAUAUUCAGAUCAACAUUUGCAUGGACUGCUGAGUUAACAUGUAUUCUUUAAAGACCAUGUGAUUUCCACAAGGAAGCUGCCAUUGUAUUUAGUCUAAGUUUAAGUCAACAAUAAAAUUGGCAUGCUGAUUGAUCAUGAGGAGCUAUUAUAUUAUACUCACUUUGUAUAGUCAACUAUAGCCUGUGCAGAUUAUUAACCUCAUGUGAAUGGUAACAUGUUCAUGAAUACACAGAUGUGCCGCCCUUGAAGUUAUUAGCUUCAUGUGAAUGGUAACAUGUACACGAAUACACAGAUGUGUCUUCCUUGAAUUUAUUAGCUUCAUGUGAAUGGUAACAUGUACAUGAAUACACAGAGGUGCCUUCCUUGAAAUUUUCUCUGCCCACUACACAGAGAUGUGGACAAUAUCAGUCUUAUGUAUCCUGAAAUACCUGUUAUAAAUUUUAUGGCUCUUUUCUUGUGGUUCUCUUUCUUAAGAGAGGUUGUGAAGGACUGCUUUAAUUGCUGAUGACCAGUCAAGUGAUCUUGAAAUUUAGGUUUCUUAGAAAUGAUUUGUGACUGCAGACACUGUUUCUUUACAAUCUGUUGUGUGAGGGGGGAUAAUUUUAUAAAUGUGCUUUUAUUUGCAAGCAGCUACAUUAAAUAGAGGGGGACAUGGGGGGGGGGUCUGAACAGUGCAAUGCCAUUAAAAAAUUUGGCAAGUUUGAGUUGCACCGAGGAGAUUGCAUUAUACUCUUCAGUAGCUUGGCAAGUAUGGUGUCCUACUUCUUUACAGUGGCCCUAAGAGACAUUAAUUUUAUUCUACAGGAAUCAGUAAAUACAUUGGAACACACCCAUCAAACUAUGCCAAAACCUGUUGCCUUCUUCCUUCAACGGAAGAAUGUCGUAUAGCAUGUCGUGAGAGAAGGCCAGCAGAUCUGAAGAAAACAUGUCCAGAGGCAGAAGAGGUAUGUAAUGACAUUAAAUAUAAAAAUAAUUGUUUAAAUAUGAUCACUGUAGUUAAAUUAAUCAACCAAGUUCUCCUGAUGAAUUAAAAUCUUAUUCCAAAGCUGUAGAAUUAUCUAAGAAAACUGAAUUUUAGGUGAUAUAUUUUCAAACUUCCAGUACUACUUUCAAUUUUAACAUAAAGUUGUAUACUUAGAGUUGAUUUUAGCUUUUGCUAUUUUUCAGGGUUCCAUGUACCGUUGUUUGGACAGACAUCAAGGUGAGACACUUCCUUAUGAAAGUAAUGGCGUAUGCUUUGAGUUACUUCCAGUUUUGUGACAUAUAUUUGCACUGCAUAUCAUAAGUUCUUCUACAUUUUAAGUAAUUAAUUGAUACCUGCCUUUGUUUGAGAAGUAAAACCAUCUUUUUGUUCCAAAACAGCAUCAAGAAAUUGUUGCAGUAGUUCUCCACAGAUCAGUCAAAAGUGCAGACGGUCAUGCCAAGUGGUGAGUCUGGAGAUUAUUAAUUAAUGUUAUUAAUUAAACUUUGCACAAGUAAAAUAAUCAUUCCAAAGACUCAUGAGCUAAAGUAUAAUUAGGUUUUUUUUGUUAAUUUGAGAGGAAUCAAACUAAAGAGUCAUAAAAUUGAUUUCUAUAUAUUGUAUUUCUGUAUAAAUUUGUCAUUAGCUUGGUGUCAUUGUAAUGGGAAGAGUAAUUGUUUUUAGUAACCAAAGGCACCAUGUUUUGAUUCAAUAUUUUAGGUGUUUUCAUCAGAGCUUCAGCCAUCAAUUCAAAUGGGGACAAAUGUGCAAAAGUUUUGUGCAAAACAUCAACAAGUGGUUUCCUGUGUUAAAAGACUGACCUCUGAUGUGGUACCCUGUGCUGGUAAGAAUUGGGCUGAGCUGCAUAUUGAUUUCCCUCCUACUUGUAUGUAUAUGUACCACAUUACACCAAGAAGAGAUUCCAUUUGUCACUUAAGGAAGGCUUGUAGCUUAUUCUAUGGCAUUACACCUAGACACAGCAUACAUUUGUACCUCUCAGAUUCAUCAGAGUUCACUGAUCUGGUUCACUACAGUUAUAUGAUAGCUACAUAUGACUAUCCUUUGAAAACCUUUUUCAUAUCUGCUUACACCUUUCCAAUUAAUGUCAUAUUUUUUUUUUGUAGAACAAGGAUUGGAUUCUAAGCCAGAAGGUAAAUUUGUUUUUAUCAACUUGAUUUUUGAGGCUUUUAAUUAUAGGGUUUUUGUUGAGAAAUGUUGUGGCUGGAAAAAAAAUCAAAAUUUAGGCAAAAGUUUUGGAUAAUAGUGAGAGAAUUAUCCCAUCUUCAGUGGUUUACCCUCCAACUCCUCUAAGUGACCAAGACAGAAUUUCCCAAUAUCAAGCAAACAAUACUGAGAAUAAAGAAAAUAUCAAUAACAGGAUCAUUAGUUGAUUCAAUGCCAAUUUUACAAAAAAUUCAGAAUAUUACAAAACCUUUAUACAAAAAAAAUUCAAAAACAAAAUUCUCCAAACUAAUAUCAUGAAAAUUGUACGGUAGACAGUAAGGAGAACUGCUAUUUAAAUCUUGAGAGUAAAGGGGUUAAGGAACGUCCUGAUAUACAUAAUUGCAACCUAUUGAUUUAUGUCUACUUACUUUCUUUAAAUUGAAAGAUAACUAAAAAAAUGAUAUUUUGAAGUUUAGAGGAGUAUUUGAGUUUUCCUUAAUUAACAAAUGGUUCAUAUGUCAAUGUGUGUUAAUCAAGAUAUGAAGCACAUGGGAAGUUUGGAGAGCACGAAAGAGUGUAAGAGUUGCUUGAGGCGUAGCCAAGAGCAACUCUAGCUUCUUGAGUGCUCUCCAAACUUCCCAAGUGCUUCAUAUCUCGAUGAAUGCACAGCUGACGUAUGAAUCAAUUGUUUUAUAACAUUUUCAACCCAAAAGAAAAUUUUUUCUCGAGGGAUUUGUUUGCUGAUGUCAUGAGUGUGCACAAUAGGAAUAUGAAGCAUGCUUGUGCAAUUGAAUUUGAUGAGACAAAUUUACUAGCCAUGUUAUAAUACAAAUCUGUUAAUGUAAAAUAGCCAUUUAAAUUGUGAGAAUAUUUAUGAUCAAUGUAACAAAGGUUUGGAUUGAAUUUGUGAAAAUAAUUGUUUCAAACUCUGUGUAAGAGUUUUAAAGAGAGCCUUUAAUUGUCUCCUUAGCUUUAAAAUGUUGCACAAAACUGAACUCUGAUGAUACUAUAUGCAGGAGGACAUGCCAAAAGGUAUUUUUAUAUUUGUACUGUUUUUUUUGCUUGUUACUUUUUUGUAUUGUAUGUUUUGGAUUACUGAUGAGUUUUAAUUAACUUUUGUAGGAUCUCCAAUCACAGAAAAGUGCAUCCAUGCUGAUUUCUAGUCUUGUCGCAGCAUGUGGAAAUCCCCUAGCCAAAAACAACUUGGAGGUAAUUAAUUGUAAUGCAGGUCAUGAAAUUAACUUUUUUUUCUUGCCACUUGGCUCCUAAAUUUUUCAAAGUGGCAGUCAAUUCAAAAAAAGUUGGUCGCCAUUUUUAAAGACAAAUAAAACCUUUUUUAAACGCUGUCAGCAUUCUAGAUAGACCCUCCAAAAUUAAGUAAGGAAAAAGAUCUUUAACAUGCUACAAAUUGGACACUAGGAUGUCCAAUUUAAUUCACUUUAUCUCUAAGUAAGGUUAUGAAGCACUCUAGUUGCCAAUUUGGCAACUAAUUUUCAGGAUUUGGUCGCCAAAGUGAAAAAUUUAGUCACAUUGGCGCCUGUAUCGGGCACAAUUUCACGCCCUGUAAUAUAGUUUAACAUGUAUCUUUACUGUGAGCCAGCGCAAUGUGUAUUACCUUGCUGUCUUAUUAAUAUCUUUAUUGGUAUGGCUUCAAUUAAGUACCAGAGUGGAUUUUUCUGUUCUGAGAUGCAAAAAGUGUUAGCUUGUUAAAUCUCUGGGCUUGCCAUCUCAUUUCCAACAUCUGUUUGCUACAUGUAAUUCUACUUUCUAACUCCUACAUUUUUUGCAAGUUAUUUAAGCUGGUGUACAACCAAGAUGACAUGCUUUAUCUAAUACAUUUGACUUUCUCGUCACUUUAAUUAAUCAUAUACCUAAUAAAGACAUCAGAGAUGUAAAUAUUGUUUUUAUCUUUCAGCGAGAUGAGUUUUGGAAUUGCCUUCUUGCUAGCUCAGCGAAAACGCCAGGUGAGUUGUUUAAUUUACUACAUGUUCUUCUUGUAAGCUAACAUACAUAACUUGUAAAUCUUGUCUCAAUUCAUUAAUAUAUGAUCAAGUGUGGAGAAAUCAACUUUUUAAGAGGACUUCAUUUUUUUUUUUUUACAGCUCCAGUUUGUCCCAAUGGAACACCACCACCUCCAAAACCAAGUAAUUUUUUUAAAUCUGUUUUUGCCUGUAUCAAAAAAGAAUGAAAACAAAAGAAAGAAAAAUGUGAGAAUGUUGUAUAUCAUGGUUGAAUUUUCUUCUAAGCCAAAUCUUUGUUCCCGUUCCUUUAUACUCCUUGAUCAUGUGAUAUACUGUAUUAAUAAAAUAGCCACUGACUGUGCAGAAAUAAACCCUUUACUGUGAAAAUGGUUUUGGUGGUAUUGUAUUGCUGCACUAACUCCUUUGAUUUUGUGGUUACAGGAAUUGAUGGGGCAAGACUUCAGUGUUGCUCAAAAGCAAAAACUAGUGUUUGCUGGGAACAAUGUGUCCAGGUUUGUGGGGAUUUGGAAGGAAGACCUUUCAUUUGAGCAUUUUCAAGUUUUAGGUUAAAUGUUUUGUGGAAGAACAAAGGAGUAAUUAAACUUGCACUAACUGAGAAAACAAGGGUUACAAGAUUAUAUUUCUGGAUUUUAUGCCUGGCAGGUUUUUAAGGAACUUUUUCUUUAUAUGGAAAUUGAAAUAACUGUAUUUGAAAGUUGUUCUCAAUCACUAGUGUGGUUUGUGACACAGUUUUAAAUGAAGAAAGUAUUUACAAUUUCAGUUCGGCUCUAAAGUUAGUUAACAGUGAAGAAAUGUAAAAUGGUUUCCGUGUUUACAUAGCCUGAUGUAAACACGCCGGAGGUUGGGAGAACACUCGAUAAGCUGGAAACCACUCCGCUUCGCGUCGUGGUUUCCUACGCUUAUCUCGUGUUCUCCCAACCUCCGGCGUGUUUACAUCAGGCUAUGUAAACACGGAAACCAUUUUACAUUUCUUUUAUAAAAUAACUAAUGAAAGAGGAACGAAAACCGUGUUUACAUACGCUCAUGUAAAAUGGUUUUAUGGCCAAUCAGAGCGUGCGUAUUAUUUGAAUUAUUUUAUAAUAAAAACUUUUGAGCAAUCUAGGCAGCAGAAAAGGCUUUCAAUAUUAACAUUAGCAGGUUGUGCCUUAGAGUAUGUCCUCUUAAGUGUAGCAAUCACAGUUUUAUUGUAACUGAGAGAUAAUUAUUUGAUAUUUGGUAGUUAUGUGGCUCAUACUAAUUUUUUAUUGGUUUUCGGUGUUUGAAAUAGAGGUAUACCAGGAAGAGGGGAAAGGUACAAAACUGGCGUAAAUUUGAUGAGAGCUGUACGUAUAAUCCUAAAGAGGUACAAACUUUAUUUUGUAGUUUGGUGUGACCUACAAAAUAUUUGAAAAUAUGUGUUUCUUCUCAAAAUCAUGAACACAUAUCCUUUUAUUUCAACAGAUCAGCAUGAUGAACUGCUUAGCCGAUGGUAAGAGUGCUUUGACCCUUUAACCUCUAAUAGUGACUAGUAUCUAAUCUCUUCUCACAGUAUCACCCCUGAAUCACACAUUAAUGUCACAUAAAGAAAGGAAAUGAUCACCAAUGAGAGAUGCUCUUGAUUGCUAAACAAAUUCUUCUCAUGAGCAUCUGAGGAAAUAUACAGAGAACAGCAAGGAGAAGAUGCAUACUGAUGCAUAUGUUAUAGUGGAAAGGGUUUAGCUACAAUUCUAACUACAUGAUUUUCAUUUUCAUCUUUUUUCACUAUCUAAAUCCCUGAAAAAUUACUUUAAGUCUGGUUUAUUUUUCUCUCUCUUUUCUUUUCAAAAAAUAGCUAUUCCAUUGAUUUUGUAGUUAGCUUAUUUGUGGCAGUCAUGAUGAAAACUUUGUUCAACAACAGAGAACUAUAGGCUAGCUUUAUCAAUUUACAGGCUUGUGAAAGAGAUGUAGUGCCUUUCUAGAUCUGUAGGCAUGAAUGGUUGGCCAGUUAACCAAGCUGAAACUCCACCCAUGUUAUGUUUAUGUUUUUUUUAAAUAAUUAAAAUUGUUCAUUUUUUUCCCAGUGACAGAGCCAUGUCAGUUGGGUUGCUCAGGUCUCAGUUUUUGUACAAACUUCAACAACAGGUAUGUUAUAAAGCUUUUGUUAUUUGUUGGCUUUUAAGCUUUAGUUAAAGCUAAAAACCCAUAGUGGCAUAGUGGUUAUAGCCUGGUGAACUCUUGAAUAAAAAUAUCUCAGACCUUUCUAUCUUAGGCCAAGCUUUCACAGAAAGCUAAGAAAUUAGGGGUAAGGGGCGUGGAUGAAAAAUACCCCUGCCCUAGACUGACCACACCCCCCACUCAGGGAAAAAAUAAAUACACGUACUCCAGGUCGUUCCAUGUUAAUAAAACCAGGAUAUGCAAUAGGCAAGAUGGGCAUCUGACAUGCAAGUAUAGUUAACCCCUCUCCCUCUUGAAGUUAACUUGAGUGAAGAUCUUUGGUUACAUUAUGCACAUCAUUUUUUCUUUUUUGCAGGCAUACUGAGUUGUUCCGCAGCUGUAACAGCAAGUCUGACUUUGGAGCUAAAAGUCACAUGCAGGAAUGGAAAAAAGGUGUCAUUCACAUGCCCAAUAUUGUUAUUCCAAUACGGGACAUCAAGAAAUGUCUUCCUGAAACAUGGAAGGUAUGUCAACUAGAAAUCUAGCCUUGGAAUAGGUUUAAACCAGUAGAAAGACUAAACUAUGGCCUAACCUAUUUUGUAUAGGUAACAUGAUUUUGAGUGCUUUUCAGAGCAGUAGAACAUAAAAUCUGAUGAUCUGAGGUUCAAAUAGCCUGAGAGGUGGGACAGGGGAGGGGGCUCAGACUUUUCUCCUGCUCAGAAAAAAAAAAAAAAAAAUUUUACUUUCCCUUUACAGGCCAUUGCUUGUGUGCUUCAGAUCAAGCCAUGCAGUGUCAAAUCUCACAGAAGUACCAUCUGCAAGUAAGCAUGACUUCUUACUUCUCUAUGUUUUUUUUAUAAGAUACAGUUCAAAAAUGAGAGUUUUCAUGCGACUUCAUUUUCCAUCUGCUUUCCUAGGUUUUUGUUCCAUAGUUUAGCCCUAUCAUGACUUAGAUUUAGUUAGUACAAUUUUGAUCUAUGUGUGAAGUUAGUUUUAUCUGAUAUUAAAUUAAUGUCAACUGAAAGACAUUUAUAAUUUCCAUUUUUCAGGCCUGACUGUGUGCAGAUCCUAAAACAGUGUAGCAAUUCCAGUGCAACAUUAGCAGCACUAUCGCCCGAAGAAGUUUGUAAAGAACUUUCUCCUCCUGAGAAAAAGGCUCCCUGUAUCUCUCUUCAAGAAUACCUUGGUAUGUGAUUCAUUCUUUCAAAGUUUUCUGUUCUGUUUAGUUAAUACUGUAAGCCUGUGAGGGGUAUGUUCAAAGUUUUAUUAAUAGUAUGACGAGAGCCUCUGGGUUGGUCAGUGCACUAUACGGCACAUUGGUUGAAAAUUUGAAGGAGUGAGGAAAAACUUUAUACGGAAGUGCCUCUGAUUUUUUCCUUGAAUGUUCACAAUUGGAGUAAAGAAGAUAAGGAAGUAAGAGAUAAUAUUGAUUGUGAAUUAUGACCUAUAAAUGGACGGGCAUUUAUGCAAUUCUUUCUCUUUCAGUACCCAGCAAGUACACUGAUAUUACAGACGAAGGUAAGGUUUGUAAUUUCAGUAUUGGUGUUUUUCUUGCCAGUAUUGUAACGAGUCAUAUUACGACAGACACCACCCAUUUGACAAAAAUAAUAGUCAUGGGUUAUCAUUUUCAAAUUUUCUUUUGAUGUAGUGACUCACCCAUGCAAUCCAAACCCAUGCAAAGAGAAUCAAGAUUGUGACAUCAACAGAAGUUGCUAUGGAGCGCUUCUUGACAGGUGUCAAUCACACACAUGUGUACCAGGUAAUUGUUUAUACAAUUUGAAACUAAUAGGGGCUUUUUCUAGUAUGUACAUGUUGGAAUAAUCCUAGACCACCAUGGCCAAAUCUGCAAAGAAUUCAUCGAGGGCGAGGAUAAUUAUUUUUCGCCAACUCUCAGCAUUGCACAAGAAUCGGUUUCCCUUUUUCUUUCUUUUCAUUGUUCAUUUUAUUCACUCUCUUUGAGAUUCAGCCAGUGAGAUCACUUCAGCGUGGAUAUUCCUUGCUUACCUCAGUUAUAGUCCUCGUGUUUUAAUGACAAUUAUCACUUAUAAAUAGACUGCAAGAUUCUAAGGCAGUCUUUAUCAAGAAACAGAUUAGACCCAAGCUAUAUGAUAAUGCUCUCUCCUGAAAAACCCGCAGGUUACUAGAAAGAAGUUUUGUAUAACCAUUUCCUUGUACUCACUAGGUUGUCCUCUGGGUGAUGCAUCAAGUUUCCUUGUGCGAGUCGGAGAAUAUGCAAGGGUAAGUGUCACCAUGCAGUUCACUUUAUCUCAGUGUAGACAUACUAUUACUGAUACUCCUUUUUUUGUUUCAUUAAUGCUAACUAGAUCUACUCAUGAACAUUUUCAGGUACCUGUUGUGUCUGGUAGAGAAGGUUGCUUCAGGAUGUGCCACUGUGAUGGGACUUCCAAACUCAGCAAUUGUAGAAUCCUGGAAUGCAUUGAGCCUAAGGAGUGCAGAUUUAAGGGAAAGGUUAAAAGUAAGUUGAAAUUCUCUUUUACGGAUGUUUUGACCCAGACCUAUCAUUUGAGUCUUGCUGCGCCUACUUUAGUUGUUGUGUUUUCCCCCUGUCUGCUGUCUCAGCCAAAAAUUUAAUAUUUCUCUUGAUCCAUUUACUUACACGUUGCUUUCGGAUGCUUGUCAUAUAUGAACCUGGUAAUGGCCUAUCCCUGUUGCUCACCAGACAGUUCCCUGUCGCUCAUUGGUAGAACAUCGGAUCGCUAAAUCCAAAGAUGUGGGGUCUGUUUUCCCUUGGAGACUAAUAUUAUCUUUGUUUAACUGUAAUAAAAAAAACGAACAAAAAUUUUCUUAUAUGCUUGCUAAGGCUGGAGUAUCAUAUUUUUCGAUGCGUUUAGAAUCUAAAUCUACCCUGAAUCUGCAAAAUGAUUUAUGUACUGAUCAUAUUUUCUUUUUUUGCAGAUAACGGCGAAACUUUCAGAGAUGAGUGCAACCUAUGUACGUGUUUUUCGGGAGAGCUGACUUGCACUAAGAGGAAUUGUCCAGAGUCUGUUCUAUCACCAGAGUACAAUGCUAGUAAGUGUAGCUUGUGAAGAUUUUUAGAUCCUCUAGAGUGAUGGAAUAGGCGAAAACAGAAUUGUUUACCGCUUACCCCAUUAGGGUGAAAUUGUACUUUUGCGAAUGACAAAUGUCGUUGCUUAUCAAUUCGUAUAGAUUAUGUUUCUUGGCUAAAAUAUUCAAAAUGUCAGCAAAAGUAAAUGACAACGACAUUCUUGUUAUGCGGAGUGGCUAAUUUAAUACUUCCUAACUUAGCUAUGCCCGUUUCUGUCAAUGUUGUCUCUCUCCUCUUUUGGCUAACUGAAGAGCAUUUUGUUACUCGCAUCAGGUCGGCCCAAACGCAAUCGAACACCAGAUAACGUUUCUACAGAUACAGACACCAUCAGUACUUUGCCUUGUGGCUGUAAGAAUGUCUAUAAUCCAGUGUGCGGUAGUGAUGCCAAGACUUACCCCAAUCCUUGUGUGGCACGGUGAGAAGAUAAAUAAUUUUUCCGAAAGUCCUGGAUUAUUAGUAUUUUAUCGCUGCCGUAGAAAACAACGUUUGCGACAAUGAGUCAUCACAAGAUGAAAACCAGCCUGACGCUAAAAUGUGGCAAUCAGCGGCAAGCGCGGGAAAAGAUGUCGCCUGUGGCAAAAAAAGCGCGCGAAAAAAUCAACAGGAAUGUGAAGUAUUAAAAGGGCAGGAAAAGAUAUGUUUCAAUAAUUCAGACGUUGUGACAAGCGUUAUUAUUAUUGUAUUUCUAUAGAUUUCCAUCAUGUAUGUCAGGUCCGAGUAUUUUAUAUAAAGGGCUUAUCUUUUGUUUUGUUAACAGGUGUCUUGGGUUGCCCCCCACUCGGCUAACGAAAGGCAACUGUGCUUCCAUUGAUCCUUGCGAACCGAGCCCCUGCGCUGCUGAUGAAAAGUGAGUGGUUUUUAUCAUCAGCUGAUGACGUUAUGUUUUCUUUUGACCAUUGAUGAGAUACUGUUUGCAUUUCAUGUUGAUCAUACCGUAAACGCCCUCUAAAUGCUUCUCUCCGGCUCUAAUACCUCCCUCUUUAUUAAGCUUCUUUAUUUAAUGAACCUGCCUGUCAGAUAAGUCCCCUUCUCCCAUAACCCCUCCCCCCCCAUGUCGAAUAAAUCCCCGUUUCUGAUAAGCUCCCCUCUUUCUUAAAAGAACCCUCUCUAACAAGUCCCCUUCUCGAAAAAGCACCUAUCGGGGAACUCGUGAUGCAUGUGAGGGUGUUUAAAAUGAAUAUGAAAUGUGGAAGAUUUCGCUUUACAGUAAGGGUGUGCGGAUAUAUUAUGUUGUUCUCCUUGCGUUACUUUUGCGCGCCUCAUUUCUUUCGUUAUCGCUUUUCUUUGACGUUUGGGAUAUAGCAAGUAAAGGUUGAUUUGUUUGUGAUCCAAAGAUUAAUGCCUUCUUGUUGUUAUCAACUUUGCAGGUGCAUUGUGGAAAGAAAGACUUGUUUGUCCAUCACUGAUCUGUGUGUUCAAUAUUACUGCGGUGAGAGUCCACUGAUAAUUUUUUAACUAUUGGAAGGGGAACCUCUUUUUUCCUAUCUAUUCUAGUCCUAGAAAAUGUAAAAUAACGCUUGAAUAUUUGCCCCACAUGUUACACUCUGAACAUAAAUUCUGGCAAAUCUGAACCAUCGUCUUUAACAUAUCGAUUCCAUUCCCUUUCCAUUCCACUGAAAUGCUAGUACACAUGUAUAUUGAGUAGCGAGGAUAAACACACUUGCCUUUUUUUUUUUGCAAGAAAAACGGAAGAGAUUCAUCGACAUUUGCUCCGAGAUUAUGACACUUUUUUUUCCCUCUCAACUUAAGUGAAAACUUAAUUUAACUUGGGUUUUGUAAGAAUAAAAUUUAUUUCUGUCUAUAGUAUCAGAGGGAAAAUACUGUAGCGAUCUCCAGUUGGACCCAGUCUGCGACUCGGAAAACAAUCAGCACCCAAACCUCUGCUCGUUGCAGUUCAACCGCAAGACGCUGGCGUACAGAGGGUUCUGCAAGGUAUGAUACUCAGUGCGGUACUGAGGCUUUUUAAUUCAUAUGAACUAAGCAUUGCAAUUAACCCAUUAAUUGGCAAUUUUUUGGCUGGUCUCCUUUUUUUUCAUGCUGAGUCCAAUAAUGCAAAGAAAACACCAUCCCGAUUUACUUUGACUACUGCGGUAGAUUAUGGGCUUUUUCCUCAAACGAAUUACGUCGAAUUAUAGCAUUUUACAUGAUAUUUAUUCGAUUGUGUUCUUUUGCUCGUGCAGGAUGAAUGCAAACCUCCCUCCCCUGCCGUGUGCGGUGUUAACGGGGAGACGUACUCCAGUACAUGCGCAGCGCGAUCAGCAAGAGUGAUAGUUGAUUAUCAAGGACGGUGUAAAGCUGUAGGGACUGGACUUAAUCAUGACGACAAACCACGUUGUGAGAGUGUCACGUGUCCUGAAAUAAAACCACUUCACUGCAAAGGGAUCGUACCCCCAGGGGCCUGCUGCCCACACUGUGGUAAGUACAGUUGUACCAAACGGUUAAGGCAGUCACGUCUCAGCGAAUUUUGUGCGUAAUGAUUUUGGAAACGAAUGUCACAUAAUUCUUGCUCUCAUCAUGACGGAUGUAGUUCGUCUCGUCUCGUUUUUUGGUUCGAUUGGCAACCUUUUUGUAAUUUGCCAUUAUUACACUGAAAUUGUGAUGUUUUGUCUUGCAGCCGCUGAAGUUCGAGUUUUAUAUAGUUUGAAACAGUUGGCAUAUAACCGAGAAGGAUUUAGUAGAUAUGAGUCCGUUACACUGGAACAAGUAUUUCAGAUCCUUCGGCGGCACAUAUCUACGGUGAGCAUAAAAUUCACGACCCACCAGGCCCAUUGGAACAAAUUAUAAAGGGAAGGGGACCAAAGGUUAAACAUUUCGUGGUGUAUUAUAUUUGACCAGACGUCAUAGGGGGGGGGGGGGUGGGGGGCAACAUCCUUUCCCGACAUUUUGGAACACUUUUCGAGGUCCUAAUUGCUACUUACAAGCAAUACUGGAACCUUUUUGGAAGCUUAACGUGGAAGGUCAGAAUGUGGGUUUACGUGCAGUGGCAGUAGUCACAAAAACCCUCCAAAGGAUAACCAUAAGCUGGGUGAUCAGAGUACACGAUCAAAAACUAAUCGAAAGAAGAAGACUUGCGUAUAUCAGUAAGGGGGAAAUUGACGUUAAUGGCCGUGUUUCAUUUCCUCUUCAGACUGAAUGUGAUUUGUUCGGAUAUCACAGCGUUGAAGGCGAUUUAGUGGUUUUAGUGAUGGCUGUUACGGCAAAGCCGACAAAACUUCAGGUAGGAUUGGGAGAGUUUCAUUCUGUUGAGUUCGCCGGUUACAAGGCAUUCUUAAGAUUAACAUAUCAAUUCUCGUCAUCGCGAGACUAACUUAAUACUAUAAGGAAAGGGACCUUUCUGUUUAACUGGGAGAGAAAUUCCAUAUCUACGCGCCCCUUUAUUAUUCUCUAUAUAUGAACUGACAGCACAGACCCAGUUUGAUUUUGCCUAUAAACGCGUAACAUUAACUGGGCAACAAGGGUCAUGCGCAAGGUAAAAUACUUACACGAUUCUUUUUUUGCGUUUUUCUUAGGUGGAAGCCUGUAAUCGCGAGGCGCAGAAGAUUGAAGCUCUUAUUGAUACUGGAACACCGUCAUUCACGUCCGACAUGGUGCUUUCCGCUCUCAAAGCAGCGCGAUCUCGAGUGCCCACGUUAUCAAAUAAGCCGGAUAAACCGGUUUCCGACUCACACAAAAAUAAAGUGAGUCGGUUAAACAGUGCUUUAACUGCAACUGUACUGCCAAUCGUAAUGUUACCUGUCAUGCUACGAACGGGUAGAAGUUAA